UGACGCUCGAGUGUCUCCUCAUCUCUUCACUCCGCAGUAACACUCGUCCACAAGACGUAUCCAGGGCAAACAAGACUUCGAGUGCAAGACAGUCACUGCCACACAAGCAUAGCUCAAUCAUGUCGGACUCGCAAGCAAAGGGGAGCAGCCUCGUGGGCAACGUGGGCGCCAGAGCACAGGAAGUCGCCAAGGAGGAUUACCAGAAGGCCAAGGUCCUACUCUCCAAGGCGGCCAAGAGCGGCGCUUUCCUCUACCCGCUUCGAGGCAUCGUAUACUUCCUCACGCACCGCUCACUAUGGAAGCCAUUCCUCGAGCGCCUGCUUCCAACCUUGUCCCUCGCCGCCGGCGUCACCACGUUCAUGUUCUUCUUCACCUAUCUGCCGCAGCUGGCAAUCCUCGUCUUCGUCAACGGCCCUCUGGCAGUCUUCACCACCGUGCUCCUCAUCCUCAACGAGAGCUCUACCAUCGUCAACCUCAUUUCGCGCAACUUCCUCCUCCAGGAUGCUCUUCUCGAUACUUUCGACGCUACUCUUGUUGCCAAGAACGCGACCGACAUUGUACAGGAGGGCCGCGAGCUCAAGUCCGGCAGCGACCCCAUGGCACGGCUGGGCAAGAUUAUUCGCAGCCCGUUCGCCAAGUUCUCGCCAAAGGCAAUCAUCCGCUACGUCAUGUACCUUCCCUUGAACUUCAUCCCAGUCGUCGGCACCGUCGCCUUCAUUCUCAUUCAAGGACGCAACCGUGGAAAAGGAGUCCAUGGUCGUUACUUCCAGCUCAAGCGCUGGUCUGCGGCCGAGCAGAGAGACUGGCUCACGGAGCACACCGCCCCCUACACCUCUUUCGGCACAGUCGCAACGUUACUCGAGAUGAUCCCGAUUGCCUCGAUGUUCUUCAUGUUCACAAACACAGUUGGUGCCGCAUUGUGGGCCGCUGAUAUUGAGCAGCGGAACACAAAGAUGACCGAAGGCACCGCCCCUGGACUGCGCAACGCUGCCAAGAAGGCCGAGUAGUCGCAGCAAGCUCCUCAACAUCGGAUUCUGACCAUAAAUCCGCGCUGCCUGCGCCACUUUGCAUCUCUCUGUCUCUCCCCAAGCGAAAGGGCGUUGAAGUGAGGUAGCCAGAUGGUUGAGACUGUUGCGCCCGCCAAAAUUGCCAGAUAAUCAGGUCUCCCGGUGGAGAUCCUGGUUUACAAUCUCGGUACACGAAAGGAUGCAUUUGGCUCACUGGGGUUUCUUGAACACGAAAUGUAUCCCCGGUGUGCAGAACUGUGGUCCUGUUAGAAGCAAGACACCAGCAUGGGAAAAGAAGGCACACUUGUCCUACCUUGCAGCCGUUUGUACGCAUAUUUCGGCAACUUCCGUGGGUACCAGUAAUAAAAUGUAACACCAAACCCCUGAGCAUUUCACAACCCCCUUUGUGUGACCCGUUCGUGCUUUGACUGAGCU